UACGUCAUUGCGAGCUGCAGCGAUUGGCUGGAUUCUGCUCCUUUUUCUCCACAAUUCGCAACCACGACCGGUCUUCGCCUCCGGAGCAGCGGCAUCCCACAGUUGAGGCAGGUAAACUACCGGUUUUAAUGUAGAUCUUCGCAUGUUCGUUUGAUUGAUGGAGCUAGCUAUUUCUUUCUCCUGUUUAUGGGCUACUUUACGGGUUUCUUCAGACAGUAAUUGAUGAGCAGCCCUGCUGCUGGCUGAUCUGAAGGAAUGCCGCAGUUGAGAAAUGAAUGCUGAAGCAAAUGAAUGCUUUUUUUGUAAUGGGAAAAGACUAGCUUGGGGGGGGGGCUGAGAGAGUAUAACGCGGCAUUGUUUGCGCACAUACGCCGUAAAGUUGGCAUUAGAUCGCUUUUGUUCUUAAACAGAUCAUGUGUGUAUGCGUCAAAGGUGUGGAUUCGAAAGUGUUUUAAAGGACGGUUUCUAACGUGAAUAGAAAUGCAAUUGAUCUCACUGCGCACAUGCUCUUUUCUAACGCUGGAUUCCUCAUUGGAUCUAUUUUAGGUGGACUUAUUUCCCUCAAGAGAAAUGAAUGCAAUAUAGCGCGCGCAUUCGCAGGGCUGGACAUUUCUAUUCGCUUUCGUCUCCUCAAUUCUUCCCUGCAAUACAGACACUGCCCGAACCGGACUAAAUGAGUGCCCGGACCUUGGAGAGACUGGCGCUUUCCAUUCCCCACUGUGCCUUAAACGGAACCGCUCGGACCAGCAAUGGGACCUGCUUUGACCGGGUGGAUCAGCUGUUCCAGGCGUUCUCCUCCACCGUCGUGCUUUUCGUGCUCAUCGCGAUGAUCUUUGGGAUAAUAUUCGUGUCCGUCACGACCUUCCACUUUCACAAAAGCAAGAUGAAAAAGCGCAAGAUACAGAAAGCCCAGGAGGAAUACGAGCGCGACAACUGCAGUCCCAAAACAGUCAAAGGCAAGCCGGUGGUCCGGCAGUGCGUCAUGGUGAGACCCCCCACAGCAGCGCGUAAAAGUGAUCCAAACGCGGAAGAUCCUGGCGCGACAGAGGACGUGAGACACUCGGGACAGACCAAGGAUGAGGACUUGUUGGAAUCGGUCGCUGUGUCUUGAUAACGCAGAGCCAGCCUUUGGAGGACGCUGUAAAUAACCUCUGUAUUCAUAUGAUAUCACCUACGGAAUAUGUCGAUUCUUUGUAUAAGCAUUAGAGUUGAUCAAUUCUCAUCGUAGAUCCCGGAGGAGGCUUUGGAAGAAAUCUAGGAACGGUGUUCAGUGCUUUUUGAGAAGGACUGAGGAAGACUAAGGAAUGCUGAUGGAAUUUCUAUCAUAAAUCGAACAAAGAGAGUAUCGAGUAAGAUCCUACUGGAUCAAAUGAAAUGAGAAGGAAUGAGUUAAUCUAGCAGGAUUUUGUUGAGUGCUAAUUGAUGGGAUCAAAUGAGAAUUUCAUAAAAAUGAAAUAAUAAUAAUAAAAAAAGAAAAUUCUUGGAGGGAAAAAAUCUAAUAAUUAAUUUAAAAGGAUCUUACUGAAUAUUAAUGGAUAUUUUUUUAAUCAAAAUUAGGAGUCAGUCAGAAACCCUUGAUGAAUCAAAUAAUCUCCUGAAUUCUGGGAACAUGACACUAAUCAGUUAAUUGAAUACUUGUCAUCUUAUUAAUGGGAUCAAAUGAAAAUCUUCUAAAAAUAAAAUAAAAAUUCAUAAAAUUCCUGGGGGGGGGGGGAUAAAUCAGUUAAUUAAUCUAAAAGUAUAUUACUAAAUAUGAAUGGAAUUUCUGUCAUAACUCAGCUCCAAUCCAAUUGUGAUUAAACAGGAGUCCUCUAUGAACCAAAUAAGAUCAUAACGUAGAAUUAAAAUUCUGAAGAAAAAAGACAUUGAUCAUUCAAUCCAAUAAUGGAUUUCUAUUAUAAUUCGAAACAUAAUUUGAAAAAGACAACAACAACAACAACUCAAAUUCAGUAGGAUUGUACUGAAUCAUAAUUUGGAGCCAAUCCAAACUGGAUCAAAAUGUGAAUCGUUUAAGAAUCAAAGAACACCCUUCUGGAUGAACUGGACUGUUCUUUUUCUCAAGCCUCUUUUAGCUAAUGCUUUUCAGAAUUUCAGUAAAUCCAGUAGGAUUUCGUUUUAUACCAUUAGGAUUGUCUACAAAUUAUGAUAGACGUGCCAUUAGCGUUUGGUGGACAAAUUAUGGACCUGCUGCCAAUACUUCAGAGUUUAUUACUCAGUGGUGAAGGAAUAGUGAAGUUCCUCAAAGUUAAAGGGACGGUUCUCUUGUAUAAAGUCUGUCCAGACGCUGUCCAGUGCUGAAAUCAGGACAGAGACGACGGUCUUCUUCAUGUGGAACUUCAACACAACUCGCAACAAUUUCCUUGGGUUUCAGAAACUCUUAGGUGUUACUCUUUUAGGCAACAUUGUUGUUUCUUUCGACAAAUAUUGGGAUUUUCCUUCAUCUCAGUGGCUUUUUCAAGAUAGAAGUGCAAUUCGUGCCAUUCUGGCUUGGCAUGAAUAGGUUUAGUGUUUUAACCCCUUUAUCCCAGAGAUUGUUAAUGUGCAAUUGCAGCCGCUAGUGGUAGUAUAGCCUAUACUUGUUUUGUUCAUGGCACUGUAUAAUCAUAGUAAAACUUAUGUAACCUGAGGCGUUUCGGUUUUGUGUUACAGCUCUGUAUUAAUGCUCACUUUUUGCAUUUUUGCUCUUGAUUAAUAUAACACUAAUGAUCGAGUAUUAUAUUUUUUAUCAUUCUAAACUAGUGUAACAAUCAAUAAGAAAUAAGAGAACAUUUUAAAAGUCAUUUUAUGUAUUUCCUUGACGUUGUGUUGAACCGGAAAUGGAAGUUAUAGACCGAAAUCACGUAUUGUAACAGAUCGCAGUUUGAACUUUUGUUUUUAUUUUGUUCAGUGCAUACG